GUAUUUACAAUGUCAUUUCCGGUAUUGUGCAGUUGACCUUCGUGAAGAUUUGUAUUUUUGCCAUUGCCAUCGGUUCUUCCUGGACCAUGGCUGGGGCUGCACAAACAAAACAGGACAUGCCCCCAAAAGGGGGCUAUGGCCCUAUUGAUUAUAGUAGAAAAUUGUUUAAAAGAAUACCAGGGAAGUAUAUCUUGGGUGGAGUUUUUGGAGUCACAGCCUAUUCCUGGUGGUUGAUUUGUGAGACAAGGAGAUACAACAAAAUGCUAUAUUUAGAAAAUACAGAGGCAAACAUAGCUCUGGAACCACUUAUAAUGGCAGAAAACGACAGACUAACCCUGAAGUUGUUUCGCCAGAAUUGCGAACUUGAAGAAGAGCUGAUGCAGGAUGAUCCUGACUGGAAAACAGGCACCAUAUUUGGGGUCCCAAUGUUUUUUGAUACAAGAAAUCGGGGGAUUAUGCCAAUUGGAACGGAACUGUAUAAUCACACAAAUGCAAGAGCUCAUUAUUUGUUGGACAGACAAUAUCAUUGGAAAGCAAUGGAUACAAAUGUCGAGUGGUUCUCCAACAAAAACCCAACACCUGCUGAGCAAUAGAAAAGAUAAAGAUUUUUCAAAUGAUGUUAAAAUUUUAUUUCAUUGCAAGAAAUGAAGCAGAAUUUUCUAUUAAAGUUUGUCUAUAUCUCCAA